CACUCCUGAGCACCUUAAGGAUGUUAUAUGUAGCCAGAGAGAGACUCCCGACGUAUCGGUUACAUUCCACCAACCUCCUAUCUAUCAGACGUUUCCAAAAUAACGUGCCAACCAAAGACACCGCCGCGCACUCUGUGAUGGACUCCUCCGUCCUCCAGGAAAAGUUCGGCAAAGGCAUUGAUAUCCAAGUGAACGCAAAGGUGUUGCCUGUCGCUACCCCCCAGUCCACGAUCAAUGUUCCCAGGGCUUUGGGUGUGGUGGAAUCGCUCAGAAUUUGGUUAGCUGGCUUGAUGCCUAACUCUUUGGUGGCGUUUCAGAAUGAAUUCAUCCACGAAUCAUUGGGAAAGUCUCAGUACAAGGUUGUUGGUAGUAAUUCCAAGAAUAUAACUUUAGAGAAAGUGGACAAUCCUAGCAUUAAGGUGCAGAGCUUGCAGGUGCCCAUAUACGACCACACCGAACACAUCAACGAGGUUUGCUUUGAGAAUAUGGAAACUGCCGACGCCAAGGCGUUGCCGACGAACUUGGUCAUGCUCCAUGGCUUCGGUGCUGGGUUGGGCUGCUACCACCGCAACUUCAAGGGCCUCCUCGAAUCCAACCGGAACGUGAAGAUCCACGCGUUGGACUGGUUAGGGUUUGGCGGGUCUUCUAACCCUAAAAUCGAGCUUUCUACAAAAUACGUUAAACCUCCACAUUUGGAAACUGUUAACUACGAAGAUCCAAUGAUGACAAAAGUCCACAACAAGUACUACCGGUUGAUCAAGGGCUAUAAAUUACACUACAACUCCCCGCUGCAUGGUAGGCAGUACGUGGAAAGCACCGCCGCGGUGUUGCAGGAUAUUGAAAACUACUACAUCGAUGCGUUGGAAGCCUGGAGAAAAGAGAGAAACUUGGGCAAGAUCUGUUUGAUGGGCCAUUCUUACGGUGGCUACUUAUCCUCCGCCUACGCGAUGAAGUACCCUGAGAACAUCGAGAAGUUGUUGCUUGUGUCUCCAGUCGGGAUCGAAAAGAAUCCCUUAUCCAUUCAGAAUCCUGCAUUGCUUGCUCCGCCGCUGUCUAGGAACACCACUGCGGAAUUAAAACCAACCCUUAACCCCAAAGAGUUUGGCUUCUUAGGCCGUUUCCCAAUCAUGCCACCAUGGUUUGUCAACAUCUGGAACAACAAUUUGUCCCUCCUUACGUUGAUCAGAUUAGUCGGUCCGUUGGGACCACGCAUGUUGUCCCAGUACACCAUGAGCAAGUCCAGGCGCGGCGCCUCGAACUUGCUUCAAAUUCUUCAGUUGAACCAGUACUCCUACAACUUAUUCAAGACCAAGUCAACUUCUGAGACUGCGAUCACAAAGUUGUUGAACGGGGCGGUGAUGGCUAAAAACCCGUUGUUUGGGAGAUUGGACAAGAUGGCCAAAAUCAGCAACAUCUACUGGAUCUACGGUGAGUUCGACUGGAUGAAUGGUGAGGCCGGUGCGAUGAUUGCGAACGAAAUCAACACUAUGAACGGUGGAGGUAAGAAUGAGUUCUACAAGGUCAGCAAGGCCGGCCACAACUUGUACAUGGACAAUCCAGAGGAGUUUAACGGCUUGGUAAAGAAGAUUCUUGAGGAAUAAUGGGGGAGUCCACUAGUCCGGUUCAGCGUAGCAGGACUUGUAUGCAUGAAACCUGUAGGGUUAUUAUAGAUCUUAAUACAUUU